AUUUUCUUUUCAGUUAAAUGCAUUCAGUUGUACAACUGACUAGGUAUCCCCCUUCCCUUUCCAAGAGUAGCAGAAACUUGCAACAAGAGACCGAAAGAUUUUUCCAAACAGAGACCGAAGGUUCAGCAGCUUAGUGGGAAAGACAGACACCAUUUUUACAGUCAUCUGCAGGCUUACACAGUGUCCUUUGGGAUAAGAAAUUCGAGACGCGCAGUUGAGAGAACCGUUACUUUCCAUCGUUAGUCUAUCAGUUGUUUAAUUUAAUCAUUUUAGGAUUUGUUAAGUAGACCUAAUCCUAAUUGAUUAAAAUUGCAACUAUCUACCGAGAAAGUAAAAAUUACUCUAUAAAGGCUAACUUUGACCGUUUUUCAUAUUUUUUUCUACUGUAGCCUCUGGUAUUUGCGUAGAAGGGAGAGGCAUCACCAAAACGGAGCGCACAAAGCCAUUGCGCGCAGUACCACGUCAUUCUGUCAAACUUAUUGAAACGUGUUUUGCUACUUUCUGGCAACAUAUACUUAACUUUCAUUCAGAUAAUAUUUAGAUAGGUGGGGAGUCGGGGGAGAUGAUGACAGGAUUUCGACUGAACUUGGCGCCUCUCAAGGAACCGCUGGGAUUCAUCAAAUUUGUAGAAUGGCUGACAGCCAUCUUUGCGUUUGGGAGCUGUGGGGGGUAUUCUGGCACGAAUAUCGUGUCCCUCUUCUGCGGUGAAGGAAGGAACGAGACACUGAAUGUUACUUUUAGCUAUCCCUUCAGGUUAAACCUGGUUGCUCUACUGGAGGCCAACACCACUCUGUGUAACCACUCCGUGCCCGUCACCCACCUGAUGGGAGACUCCGCCUCCUCGGCCCAGUUCUUUGUGGGCGUGGCCAUCAUCUGCUUCCUGUACUCUAUAGUGGCUUUGCUCGUCUACCUGGGCUACAUGCACAUGUACAUCGACUCUGACUUCGGCCCUAUGUUUGAUUUUGGUCUGACGGCAGCGAUUGCCUUCCUGUGGCUCGUGUGUUCGUCAGCAUGGGCCAAGGGGCUGCAGAACGUGAAGGAUGCCACCGGGACAGCGGGCAUCACCUCCACACUGGCACUCUGCAAGGAGAGCGAUGUGGCCUGCGAGGUCACUGACUUCGCCAACAUGCGCACCCUCAAUGUCUCUGUGGUGUUUGGGUACCUGAAUAUGAUCGUGUGGGCGGGCAACGCCUGGUUUGUGUACAAGGAGACCCGCUGGCAUUCUCAGAAGUACACUGCCCAGCAGGGGGCCGGGGCCGGGCGUGGUCAACAAGUCCCUGCUGCUAUCUAAUAUUCUACUGCACGUCCAAUGCACAAAAUAACCCUGACACACCCUAAGUACUCCUGUAGAUCGGAGAGGAUUGGAUAGAUACACUAUAAGCUUUAUGGUAAUAGGCAGCUUCAUCUUGCCUGCUGAUUGUCUGGGUGGAAAUGGGCCAUAUCUAUACUGUGCCUUAAUUAUCAAUAUCUAUGCUUUGUCGAAUAUAUCUGUGCCUUCAAUACCUUUCCCAGUAUUGGCCCAUUCCUUUAUGUGCCUUAGCAUGCCAAUGCUUUCUCUCCUCGUGCCUUCUCUAACCUCUAAACCGGUGCCUUCUCUUACCAGUAAACCCCACAAAGCCCUGGUACGUUCUCCUAAGCUGUGGUACAGACUCAUUGACAGCAUUUGUGCACUUUGACCUGCAACUAUCUUUGUGCUGGGCAUUUCUGCCAAACCCUAAUCUGGGAUAGUUCAGAUUCUUAAACAAUGCGUCCUUUCACCUCACGGCCUAGAACUUGCCUCUUUUUAGCAGUCUUGCUUCCGUCCCUCUCCUUGUCCCAACCUGGGCUCGAACCAGGGACCCUCUGAACACAUCAACAACUGCCUCCCACGAAGCAUCAUUACCUAUCGCUACUAGCGCGCACCGCUAACUAGCUAGCCAUUUUACACCGUUUACACAAGGAUGCAUGUGUCCCUGAAUGUACCGCUGGCCUUGUGCUUUCUUAAAUGUAACAUUUUUUAAAACCAUUUUUUACGUUCGUUUCAUUUGAAACUUAAGUAGAACUUUCCAAUCUUGAUCUUGUAUCUUUCAAUGUCAUCUUCUGUUGAGAAGACCGAUGUUUAAAUAUGUUCUUUAGUCCUUCAUGUUUUUGUUCUACUUUGUAUUAUGCUGUUUGUUGAACCACAGCCACUAAGAAAUUGUGCACUGUCUGUGCAUGUGCUGGCUUUAUGUUUUGAAAUCUCCUGUUGUUUCGACGAUUGCUUAAACAAUGUGUUCAAUUAUUAUUUCUUGUCAUUACCUUUGCAUUUCUGAUCUAUUUUCUGUUAUUACCUUUGAUAUAAUAAAAGUGUAACUUGAAGUGCUUGUGUACGGAAGGCCAAUGUUGAGUGUAUGUGUGUUUGUAAUGUCUGGUAUACUGGUUAUGCCACUGUCUUCCUCUUGCAAUCAUUAGACCAACUUUAGCUUUAUGGAGGACUUGUAUGUAUCUGCCCUGUUGUGGAGAGAGACAGAGCUGUCCUUUCCACAAUAUGCAAAUGAUGUCUUCUUUCUUUUUGAAUAAAAACCAAUGAAUUUCC